CAGUGGCCACUUGAUUUUUCCACCGCGAAAAACUUCCCAUUACCAUCAGUUCUUCUGCAUUUUCGGAGUCACCGAUUCAGCGGCGGAGAAGAGGAAAUGGCCGUUCGAAGAUCGUCGAGUUCGAGGAAGAGAGUGGAUGCUGCUCCCUCCGACGCCGCCACCACUGGCCCUUCCCUUGUGAGAGCCAAAGACGGCAGUGCUUUUGCUCGAUGUGAUGAGUGCGGCAAAAGUGUUCCGGCCGCCCUAAUCAGCAUGCACAGCUGUAGCCUCGAUACCAAAAUUAGAAUGAAUUUAGAGGCUCAGACUGUCGAGAAGCAAACUCAAGCUAAAAAGCCAGCUGAAAGGAAAAGAUCAGCACCAUCGGAACCAAAAGCCACUAAAUCCAAAACGGACAAGAGGAAGAAGAAAGACAAAGAUCCAAAUGCCCCCAAGCGCCCUCCUACAGCCUUCUUUAUCUUCAUGGACGACUUCAGAAAGUCAUUUAAAGAAGCAAAUCCUGAGUCUAAAGGCGUUAAAGAGGUUGCAAAGGAGGGUGGUGAGAAAUGGAAAUCAAUGACUGAUGAAGAGAAGAAGCCUUACCAGGAUAAAGCUGCUGAGCUGAAAGCAGAGUACGAAAAAGCCUUGGAAACCCGAAACGCUGAGAACGAAGAUGAUGAGAAAGACACAGAAGAGAUUACAGAGAAGGAGGCAGAGAAAGUAACAGAUGAGUAAAACAUUCCCAAGUUAGUCUUUUGUGAUAGUAAAUAGCUAGAAACAGCUUCAUCUUGUAAAUUCUGUCUAAUUUAGCCACAAACCGCUGUUGGAUUCUAUGGCUGCGUUAGAAGCAAAUAUAGCAAAUAUAGUACAAAUACUUGAUUUUUGUCCUAAACCUGUCUAGUAGACACGUUUUAAAACCUUGAAAAAAAACCUCUAUCUACUAGACACGUUCUAAAACCUUGAAAAAAAGGUUGGUGACCUCUUUUUUUUUUUUUUUCUUCUUUCUGUUAGGUUUGUGUCUUUUUCUUUGAAUUUGAACCCAUUUGUCAGGACUGAAUUUGAACCCAUUUGUCAGGACUGAAUUUGAACCCAUUCUAACUAACCCAAUGAGAAUUAGAGUGCCUAAUGGGUUGGGCUUUUGUAAAACUUUUUGGCCUUUUCUGCCAGUUUUAUGGCCAUAUGCGUCCGCCAUUUGUUUGAA